GGAAGGAGAACGUCGUCAGGGCCGUAGCUGAUCAGUCUCAAUCGGCGCAAGGCAGCUUAUCCGUCCGCUGCUCGAGCGUAGUGAAGAACCCGGUCUGUAGCUUAUCUGUCUGUUUGCUUCUGUGCAUCUAUCGUCGUCCAUCGUAUCGUGAGAGGUUCUUCACCAUGUCGCGCCACUCGAAGAACAACACGGCGCACAGCAUCUUCACCUACCAUGAGAAGAAAAUGAUGAAGGACGCCGGCACUAUCAAGGAACGGUCAGUCAACCCACCAGUCAGCCACUCAACCACGCACGCAAUCACACACACUCUUCCUCUCUCUCUCUGUGUCUGUGUCUGUCCAUUGUGCGUGUCAGAUUGGGCACCGAGUCGUUCCGCCGGUUCGAGUCGUGUUGGUUGUGUCUGCAGCCAGCGGUGAAGCCGGUGUGCACGCCGAGCGGUUACGUGUACUGCCACGAGUGCAUCAUCCUCAACCUGGGGCAGCAGAAGAAAGACCUGCAGAGGGAGAGGGCCCUCUGGGAACGAUCCACCAACAGAGAACAGGAGGUCAGCUCAGAUGCGCAGCGCGUGUUUCAUGCCCACACGGGACGACCGACAGACGAGUGUGUUGGCUGCGCCUCUCUCUCUCUCUCUCUCUCUGUGUGUGUGUGUGUGUGUGUGUGUGUGGUUGGUAGAGCAAGGUGCGUGCUGAGUGGGAGGCCAAGCAGAUGGAGCUGGAGCAGUUCCUGCAGGCCGAGGAGGACAUAUCGGCAUCCACGGCAUACAAGACCAACAAGAAGGCAGCACCAACGGCAGCACCGACACAGGCCAGUAAUCUCAACGUCGACCCUCGAGCACCCGUAAGCACACACACACACACACCACACAGACAGACACGCAGAUGUGUAUCCAAUACACUCGUGUGUGUGCGUGUGCGUGUGUGUGUCGAUCAGCACAAGCAGCUGUUUGUUGAGGAGCGGAAGGAGGAGGCCAGGAGCAAGAACUUCUGGGUGAGGGAGUGCAAUGACCUGGACGGCGCAUCGGCGUGUGUGUGCAUGCCUUAUUGAUCUGAUCUGAUCGAUGUCAUGUGUGCAGAUCGUUGAGAACACGCCAUCUGCCGAGGGCAAGCCCGUCAAGGAACCCAGAAAGUAAUCAAUCCACCCAGACCAACCACACCCACCAAGACCCUCUCUCUGCAUAUCUCUCUCUCCUUGUCCCAUGGCAUCAGGCACCUGCUCUGCCCCAUCUCCAAGAAACCACUCAAGGCAAGCGACAAACCCAACUCAACUCAACCAACACAGACCACACCCCGCCAUACGCACUCUUUUUCCCUUCAUUAGUUGAAGGAGCUGACCCGCAUCAACCCCGAGUAUGAACACGGCCCUGCAGCGGGCACCAGCGACGCGCCGGAGGAGGGCCAGGCGGCUGACGACCGGCCCAAGGGGGAGAGGAAGAGCACACACUGGCUCUGCGCCGUGUCCAAAAAGGUGCGCACGCACGUGGGUGGAUCGGUGUGGCGGAUGGAUGGAUGGAUGGACACACCUGUGUGUAUGUCUUUUGUGCAGGCCAUCAGCCACCAGAAGGCGGCUGUGAUCAAGCAGACUGGCCAGGUGGUCCUCAUGGUAAUGAGGCGUGCACGGCCAUGCCAACCACCGCACAAUGCCGUCGAUCGGUCCAUGUGUGUGUGUGUGUGAAAUGGUGUGUGCAGGAGUAUUUGGACAAGUAUGUGUUGGGUCGGAAGGGCUUUGUGCCCGACAAGGAGGAAAUCACCUCCAAAGACAUCAUUCCUCUCAUUCCGGGCGGCACUGGUACAACACGCACAACCAACCAGCCAACCACACCCACGUGUGUGUCUGCAUACUCACUCGUGUGUCUGGUGUGACUGCGUGUGUGUAGGUUUUGCUGCGCACAACAAGGUGGAGGUGGCCAAGUGGCGGCCGGUCAUGGAGGCCUGAUACGUGUGCCGAGCUGACUGUGUGUGCUGCACAGCUUCCUGCAUCUUUAUUUCUUUCUCCCUUUAUCUAUGGAUGGAUUGCUUUU